AACGAGCUGGUCUGUGACUCUGUCCGCAGGCAUCAUGGUUCGCAUGAACGUCCUUGCCGACGCGCUGAAAAGCAUCAACAAUGCGGAGAAACGCGGGAAACGCCAGGUUCUGAUCCGGCCCUGCUCCAAGGUCAUCGUGCGCUUCCUGACUGUCAUGAUGAAGCACGGCUACAUUGGUGAGUUCGAGAUUAUCGACGAUCACAGAGCUGGGAAGAUUGUUGUUAAUCUCACAGGCAGGCUGAACAAGUGUGGUGUCAUUAGCCCCCGGUUUGAUGUUCAGCUGAAGGAUUUGGAAAAGUGGCAGAAUAACCUGCUUCCCUCUCGACAGUUUGGAUACAUUGUGCUGACCACCUCUGCUGGCAUCAUGGACCAUGAAGAAGCCAGACGAAAACACACAGGAGGGAAAAUCCUGGGAUUCUUUUUCUAAAACAUGUAAAGGCACCUGCAAAUAAAAUUUUAAAAUGGA